GAAGAUCGGCCUUCCUCGACGCUUUCCGACAAAGAACAAUUUCAUCUCCACCAUUUUUGUAGCACCGGAUCCUGUCUACUUUUUCUUACAUCCAAUUAGGGUUCCAGCAAAAAUAAUUCAAUUCCAACAACAGCAUUUCGCAUCUUGGUCAACGACUUGUUCCUUCAAUGCCACAUUCUCUGAAUUAAGCGAAAAUGCUAUCAAAAAUUGGUUCAAGGUGCAGUAGGGCUCGGUAUCUUCUUCUUCGAACAGCUUCAGGCAAGAAGAUGAUGACGAUCUCGAGCUAUAGUAGGACUGGUGGUAGUAUUUCUAGCUCAUUUCUCCUAUCGGAUGCUUCACACAGUUCCGGUGGUAGUAUUUUUACUAGACAGUUCAACGUUCGUCGGCGUGAUCCGUGGGACGUUCCGAGGAAAUCUACGCUGUUUCUCAAACAGUUAACUGCGUUUGUCUCAGAUUUCUCUCCUACUCCCCUUCAAAAUUCUGGUUCUAUGCCUAAUGGGUAUGCUUCAUUGGCAACAUCCAAUAGUGAUGAUUCGAAGGGUACGAAUCAGGAUAAAAAGGGUGAAGGAAAAGAUCUUAUUAUGAAAGGAGAGCAAAUUAAUAAUGCUAAAAUUCUUAGUACACUUGCAAAGUACUUGUGGAUGAAAGAUAACAUGGAGUUCAGACUGAGAGUGCUCACUGCUAUGGGAUUUUUGGUUGGAGCCAAAGUACUGAAUGUUCAAGUUCCCUUUUUAUUCAAGCUAGCUGUUGAUUGGUUAACAACAGCAACAGGAAAUCCUAGUUCACUUUCUGAGUUUGCAGCUGCUAAUUCGACAGCUUUAGCUGUUUUUGUAAGUCCAGCAGCUGUGUUGAUUGGUUAUGGAAUAGCACGAACAGGGGCUUCUGCUUUCAACGAGUUGAGAACUGCAGUGUUUUCUAAGGUUGCGUUGCGAACUAUUAGGUCAGUUUCGAGAAAGGUGUUUGCACAUUUGCAUCAGCUUGAUCUGCAAUAUCAUCUUAGCCGAGAAACAGGUGCUCUAAAUCGAAUUAUUGAUCGUGGUAGCCGAGCUAUUAACUUUAUCCUCUCAGCCAUGGUAUUUAAUGUUGUACCAACUAUAUUAGAGAUUUCUUUGGUAGCAGGUAUUCUUGCAUACAAUUUUGGAGCACCAUUUGCAUGGAUUACUUCUUUGUCGGUUGCUGCAUACGUUGCCUUCACGUUGGCUGUGACACAAUGGAGGACUAAAUUUAGGAAGGAUAUGAACAAGGCUGAUAAUGAUGCAAGCACAAGAGCAAUUGAUUCACUUAUUAACUAUGAGACUGUGAAGUAUUUCAACAAUGAGCAAUUUGAAGCUGAAGAGUAUGAUAAAUAUUUAAAACGCUAUGAAGAUGCUGCCUUGAAGACACAGUGUAGUCUUGCUUUCUUGAAUUUUGGCCAAACUCUGGUAUUCAGUACGGCUCUCUCAGCAGCAAUGGUACUAAGUUCAAAUGAUAUUAUAAAUGGUGUGGCGACAGUUGGUGAUUUGGUUAUGGUAAACGGGCUCCUCUUCCAACUGUCUCUUCCACUCAACUUCCUUGGCAGUGUUUAUCGUGAAACUGUGCAGAGUCUUGUUGACAUGAAAUCCAUGUUUCAGCUACUUGAGGAGAGGGCAGAAAUCAGAGAUGAAGAUGAUGCGAAACCUCUGAAGUUGGAUGGGGGUAGCAUUGAAUUUGAAAAUGUUCAUUUCAGUUAUCUGACAGAAAGAAAGAUUCUUGAUGGGAUAUCCUUUGUUGUGCCAGCUGGGAAAAGUGUGGCUAUUGUUGGAACUAGUGGCAGUGGUAAAUCAACGAUCCUUAGGAUGAUAUUCAGGUUCUUCGACGCCUAUUCUGGCACGGUGAGGAUAGAUGGUCAAGAUAUACGGAAGGUGACACUUGGAAGCCUUAGGAAGCAUAUUGGUGUUGUUCCACAAGAUACAGUAUUAUUCAACAAUACAAUAUUCCACAACAUUCAGUAUGGUUGUCUUUCAUCUACCCCUGAGGAGGUAUAUGAUGCUGCCCGAAAAGCAUCAAUUCAUGAAACUAUCAUGAACUUCCCAGAACAAUAUUCCACUCUUGUUGGCGAACGAGGCCUUAAGCUUAGCGGUGGUGAGAAACAACGAGUCUCAUUAGCUCGUGCAUUCCUGAAAGCACCUCCCAUUUUGUUGUGUGAUGAAGCAACAAGCGCUCUAGAUAGCACAACAGAAGCAGAGAUACUAAGCGCAUUGAGGUCCCUCGCCAAUAACAGAACAGCAAUCUUUAUCGCUCAUAGACUUACAACUGCGAUGCAGUGUGACGAGGUCAUCGUUCUCGAGAGUGGAAGGGUGGUAGAACAAGGUCCUCAUGAGGUUCUCUUAUCGAAUGCUGGUCGAUACGCUCAACUCUGGUCGCAACAAAAUAAAACCAUCGAUUGACUUGCUUAAAAGACACGACAAAUUAGAUGGUUCGACUCCCUUUUUCCAUCGUAUUAUAGCCAUUGAUUGUUUCAACCAAAAUAACGCAACCACGACGAACCCACAAAAUUAGAAGGUCAUGAGCCUCUUUUUCCAACUUAUUAUGCCCAUUGGUAGUGUCUACAACAAUAAGGUCUAUAAGGCCAUUCCUUUGCCACAUUCAAUUCAAGCCCACAUUGCCAUUUGAUGGUUUGGGAAAUAAGUGAUUUAUGUUGCCCCAAAAUGAUUUGGGUGCAAAUACAUGUAUGUAUUUGAUGUAAUUAAGGAAACAUAACUUUGUGGAAAGAUUGAAAGCGUUGUUUAUUUAUCUCU